ACCAACAAACAAAGAAAAGUCUGACAAAACGCUGGGCAUGACCUCCGCUAUCUCUUUGGCAGGUCCGACACAGUUUGAUAUUGAGAAGACGAAGAGUCUCAAAGAGUACCUCAUCCCUCUCGAUGUGUUCGAGCCAGAGGCGGAGAUGCAGCACCGCAUGGAAGUGCUCAGCUCGCUGUAUCGGCUGGUCCGUCAGUGGAUCCGCGAUGAGUCGUUACGCAAGAACGUACCUGCAAGCGUCGUGGACACAGUCGGCGGGAAAUUAUACACGUUCGGCUCGUACAGACUCGGGGUUCAUAACAAAGGUGCCGAUAUCGACGCGCUGUGUGUCGCCCCGCGCCACAUACAGCGGUCAGAUUUUUUUACUUCAUUCUACGAUCUUCUCAAACAGCAGUCACAGGUGAAAGACUUGAGAGCGGUGGAGGACGCGUUCGUGCCGGUCAUCAAGAUGCGUUUUGACGGUAUUGAAUUAGACCUGUUGUUCGCAAGAUUAGCUUUCAAAGAGAUACCUGAUUCAUUGGACCUCAGUGACGAUGCACUAUUGAAGAACUUGCAUCAAAAGUGCGUUCGGUCAAUGAACGGUUGCCGCAACACCGAUGAGAUAUUACGGCUGGUGCCUAAUAUCCACAACUACCGUAUCACACUGCGCGCCAUCAAACUGUGGGCUAAACGUCGAGGUAUAUACUCUAAUACCUUGGGAUACCUGGGCGGAGUAUCGUGGGCGAUGUUGGUGGCCCGCACUUGCCAGCUGUACCCGAACGCGUUGCCGGCGACGCUGGUACACAAGUUCUUUUUGGUAUUCAGUCAGUGGAAGUGGCCGCAGCCCGUACUUUUGAAGCAACCCGAUGCGGUCAACUUGGGCUUCCCCGUCUGGGAUCCGAGGGUUAACAUAUCUGAUCGGUUCCACUUGAUGCCAAUCAUUACGCCGGCGUACCCUCAACAAAACUCUACGUUUAACGUAUCGGCUUCUACUCGCAGCGUUAUCAUGGAAGAAUUCAGGCAAGGAUUAGCGAUUACAGAUGAGAUAAUGCUCGGAAAAUGUAGCUGGGAGAAAUUGUUUGAAGCUCCAAACUUCUUCUCGCGGUAUAAACAUUUCAUUGUACUGUUAGCGGCCGCCGCGCAUGCCGACGAUCAGCUUCAAUGGUGCGGACUCAUCGAGUCGCGUAUCAGACAUCUUAUCACGACAUUAGAGCGGAAUCAGCACAUAACAAUAGCUCAUGUGAAUCCGGAAUGCUACAACUCUGUGCCGCUGCACGCUAACGACGGACAUCCACUAGCGCUACCGCCAGGUACUCCACAGGACUCGCCAGUACCUACCGAUCCAGUUCCCGAACACAAAAGAAAUGACAAAGGUGAAGUGAUACCAAACUUCUGCUCGAUGUGGUUCAUCGGUCUUGUGUUUGAGAAGACAAAUCUAACUGUGGACCUCACAUAUGACAUCUCGUCAUUCACUAAAGCAGUACAUUAUCAAGCUGACAACACAAGUAUGCUUCGGGAAGGGAUGACUAUAGAGGCGCGUCACGUGCGACGUAAACAGUUGCACCAGUACCUGUCGCCAUCGCUGCUGAAGAGAGAGCGGACCACCUCCGGCGCCAAGAGGCGUCCGCAGGAGCACGCGCCCGCGCCGGCGCCGCUCAAGAAGACCAAGCGACUCUCGGAGAGC